GAAUCGAGUUAUGGAGUUUUGUCUGGCGCAGUCUGUUCUGUUCAUGGUCCUGUAGCGUUGAGGGCUGAAGCUGCUCUCGGAAAGUUUUGCGACCGUGUCAGGAAUCGGGGACCGCAUACCCGAUAAAUAUGGCAGAAAACAUUAUCAUUCGUGUCCAGUCUCCAGAGGGGAUGAAAAAAAUCACCUCAACUAAGCGUGAGACAGCAGCAGCUUUUCUGAAGAAGGUUGCUAAAGAGUUUGGUUUCAACUCAAAUGGAUUUUCUGUUUACCUCAACCGCAACAAAACUGGAGAGGUUCUUUCUCAAAACAAGACACUCAGUCUGCUUAAAAUCAAGCAUGGAGAUAUGCUGUUUCUUUUCCCAUCAUCUGCUGGUCCCUCAAGUGAGACCAUGGACACACAGCCCCACUCCUCUUCCUCCUCCUCCUCUUCAUCAUCCUCCUCACUGUCUCGUUCACACUCGGCUCCACAGAUUCCAGAGGAUGAGAUUGACCAAUAUCUAUCCAAGCAAGAGGGCAAGAUCUACAGAAACAGAGACCCCCAGCUAUGCCGACAUGGACCCAUGGGGAAAUGUGUGCAUUGUGUGCCUUUAGAGCCUUUUGAUGAAGACUACCUGAAUCAUCUUGAUCCACCUGUCAAACACAUGUCCUUUCAUGCUUACAUCCGCAAACUGACUGGUGGAGCGGACAAAGGAAAGUUUGUAGCUUUGGAGAACAUCAGCUGUAAAAUCAAAUCUGGCUGUGAGGGUCAUCUGCCCUGGCCAGAGGGUAUCUGCACUAAAUGCCAGCCCAGUGCCAUCACCCUAAACAGACAGAAAUACAGACAUGUGGAUAACAUCAUGUUUGAGAACCACACCAUCGCAGACCGUUUCUUGGACUUUUGGAGGAAGACAGGAAACCAGCGGAUGGGUUACCUGUAUGGCCGUUACACUGAGCAUAAGGACAUCCCACUGGGAAUCCGAGCUGAGGUGGCUGCCAUCUACGAGCCACCACAAAUUGGCACUCAGAACAGUCUCGAGCUAAUAGAGGAUCCAAGAGCUGCAGCAGUGGAAGAAAUUGCUGCUAAACUGGGUCUUCGCAAGGUUGGAUGGAUCUUCACUGACUUGCUAUCGGAGGACACUAGAAUAGGCACAGUGCGUUACAGUAGAAACAAGGACUCGUAUUUUCUGAGCGCUGAGGAGUGCAUCACAGCUGGACAUUUCCAGAACCAGCACGCAAAUCCUUGCCGUCUCUCUCCUGAUGGACAUUUUGGAUCAAAAUUUGUCACUGUAGUAGCAACAGGUGGUCCCGAUAACCAGGUGCAUUUUGAGGGAUAUCAAGUAUCUAACCAGUGCAUGGCUCUGGUGAGGGAUGAGUGCUUGCUGCCCUGCAGAGAUGCUCCUGAGCUUGGCUAUGCUAAAGAGUCCAGUAGUGAGCAGUACGUCCCCGACGUCUUCUACAAGGAUAAAGACAAAUUUGGUAAUGACAUCACGUACUUAGCCCGGCCUCUACCUGUGGAGUAUCUUAUCAUUGAUAUAACCACCACCUUCCCUAAGGACCCUGUUUUCACCUUCUCCUCCACGCUUCGCUUUCCCAUUGAGAACAGAGAUGCACUGGGGGAGACGCAGGACUUCCACAGUCUAGCUACCUAUCUGGCCCAGUGUUCCUCUUCCUUGCCCUUCCUGGACAUUGUCUCUGACUUCCACUUGCUCCUCUUUCUUGUCACCAAUGAGGUCAUGCCUUUGCGGGACAGUAUUGGGCUCUUGCUGGAUGCUGUUAAGACCUCAAAUGAGGAGCUGGCACAAACCUGGAAGAAAUCUGAGCAAUGGGCUACCAUCGAGCAGCUCUGUAGCACUGUGGGAGGGCAGCAGGCAGGCUCUCUGGAUUAUGCCAUGGGUGGUCCAUCUAUCCCAGCAUCCUCCUCUGCCAUGUGGUCUUGCCUCCACUGCACCUUCAUGAACCAGCCAGGAACGGAGCACUGUGAGAUGUGCAGCCUGCCCCGCAGUUAAAAGUGCCGCAUUUCGUGCUGCAAGCACACCACUGUGCCGGGAGACAGCAGCAGGAGUGGGUGUGUUACCCUAAAGCCCCGCCCUCUUACACACUUGCUCCACCCCCAUUCCAAACUCCGCUCACUCCGUCACUGACUGGGCUGGGUUGCUAUGUGAAUGCCAGUGGUGCACUGACCUGCGUGGCCAGUUGAGCAAACAGAGCUAAAGAUGAUUGUGUGUUCCUGUAGCCUCUCUGCAGUGGCCACAUGGCUUGCUGGGACUGAUUUUAGGUAAAGCACUUGGCCAAGGCUCCUCCCUCUCUGUGGUCCAAACUGACCUGGUGGCAACCUUGCUUCCUGGACUUUAAUGAAACUUGCUGAAUUUGUUUGUGGAAGCAAUCUUCUGCUCCCUGUACUCUCACAGUCUGGAGAUGUAUUGUGUAAAUAGUAUGCAGAUAAGGAUUGAUACUGUUAUUUAAUUUCAGUGAGGCUUUUUUUUUUGGAUCAUAGUUAUAUGUAUAUUAAUAGAAUUUAAUACAAUCCCGUUUUCAGAAAACUAUGAAGCUGAAUAAGCACUUGGUGGAUUUUCACAUGGUUAAAGUGAACUGCAUCAAAAUGCACCCUUUCAGCUCACUUUGAUUGCUGGUUUCCUCAAAGGAGCUUUAAACGAACCGCCUAUUAAAGAUUGCACAGGCCCUGUUCCUCAAAAUCAACCCUUUUCACACCCUUUUCUCUGUUCAUUUUUUAGCCAGCUUUCAGGAUUGUAGUGUUACAGGUGGUUUUUAGAUAUUUUUGCCUGACUUGAUCACAUGGUUCAGUUAUGGAAUUCAGCCUCUACCACAAAGCCACUGAAUGUUCUUCUUUGGCUUUGUAUCUUUGCUUUCAGAGUGCUCACUGCUACGAAUGGAGUUUGUCAACCAAAGUGCUCAGCAAAGUGUAGUUUUUGAGCAUUUCACUUUGUGGUGCUUUCUCCACUUCAGAUGUCCUUUCAUUACUUCUCUCUUGUCUCUCAUUUCUUGGCGCCAGUCCAAAGGUUUGGAAGUGUGGAGAAUGUUUGCACAGCCUGGUGCCCUAAACUCAAUCAUUAUAACCUUCAAAGGCUUCAGCCAGGAACUGCUCUGAACACUCUUGACACCGCUCUUUCCCAUCUGGCCCAAUGUGUCCCACACCUGGAUGAGUGAGAGAGAAAAACAAGGAGGAAGAAGAAACAACAUUGGCAGGGUUGAAUUGGAUAUUUGAUCACUUAUAAUUAAUCAUAUUUCAUUUUCUAGCUUUUCACUUCUUACAUGGAGCCAAAGGCAAAUUUUGUAUUUGCAUUUAGCAUCAAAAACAAAGCUGCCUUGCUCUUUUUGAAACUAACAAGCAGUUCACAUCCUAAGCAGAGUAUGGUGCAUAUUUGAGUUCUUUGAUCUUCUCUUUCGGAAGAAUCUUUAGACAUGGAUCUUGCUAGAAAUAAUUGAGUGACUAGACAUGUUCCCUUUUUUCUUAAGUGAAUUUAUUACUGUCUUUGAUUAAAGUGGAUUUUGCAGGGUUUCUCUUCAGAGGUUUCUCAGUUUUCACCCAAUUCACUGGCUGUGGAGCUUACACAAGAAUAGAAUCUGACAGUUACAUCCAUUUUAUUUUUAUAACGAUCAUAAACAUGACGUGAUGGUACAGAGAUGAAACUUGAAAAUCUACUUCAGGAACAUGAAGAGCAGCUAUGGUGACAAAUGGUUGUUGUUUGGUCUUUAAUUAGUAGCUUUUUAAGUAACUACUGCUAUUUUAAUAUUAAAACAUCCUGCUCCUUGCACCUUAACUCAAUCCAGAAAUAUUUGGACAUUUUGCAUUUGAACAGAUUUUCCUUUUAAAUUGAGAUUUUCCAGCAAGUCAUAGGUGACUAGUUUUUUGGUGAGGAGGGCUUGUGAGUUGUGGCACUCAUAAUGUUAUUGUGCUAAAGCUGGAUUCCAGUACAUCAUUACCCCCACCCAAUCCAAUUCAACUCCUACCUCUUAUCUUCCUCCCAGCUGAAAACUAGCCUAUACCCAGUCCUUUAAGAUGAAGUCUGAAAAAGGCCAAUGGCUCUAUGCUGUAGGCCAGGUUUGGAGAACAAAAUGCAGAAAUAACAGUUCAACAAUAAAAACCUGUUCAUUUGAA